AUGUUUAUCAUCAAGGUGGCGAAGCUGGGGGCCUUGGCUCUCCUAGCCGUUAGCCGUGUCAAGGCUGACGAUGGCGGUGACUGUACCGUCGGUCUCGACUUGAUUACCCGCACUCUUGGCCACAUCACGUACACCCUUCUUCGACCGGACACGAGCAAGCCCUGGGAAGAAUUCAUGGAGGCGACGGACAUUGCCCUCGCCGUGGCUGAAACUGGCGCCGUUACCGCUACUGUUACUGAGACGGCCACGGUGAUCGAGCCUGUCAAGAAGGUCGUGACUGUCACUUCUGUUGAGACCGUGACCAAUGUUCAGACUUCGGUGUCGACUUACACCGAGGAUAUCACCGUCUCCUACAUUGAGACUCUCACCAGCUACAGCACUACCACUAACACCGUUUCUCCCCUGGCCGCUACGACCCCUGGCAUCCCCGUUGAUAUGAAGCUUGCGAAGCGCGACAUGACCACCGUGACUAUCUAUGGAGGCUAUGGCAACCCGUCGACGUCCACAACUGGUUCCUCGACUACGACGGUGAGCGCCACAUCUACCACGACCGUCUUUGGGACAUCUGGUAUGACAUAUGCAUCGGGCCUGCCUCCCACGUCACCAUCCACCUCGCCCAGCCAGUCAGGCAGCAGCCCUUCUCUGACUCAGAGCAGCGGCAACGGUACAUUGAAUACGACGACUGCAUCGUCUGCAACUUCAUCGGCGGUCUCGGUCACGGCUUUGUCGACCUCGGCCUCGACGACCCUAACUGUCUCUGCUGAGAGCGAGACGGCUCCGCGCCCCGCCAAGCCGACUGCCACUGUCAACUCCAGCGCUGGGCGAGGUGUGCCUGAGACCAUAACCGGGGCCAUGCUGGGCACUGUCGCUCUGUGGGCCAUGUUCGCAAUGGUCAACUAA